UGAUAAGAAAUCUGUACUAUUAUCUCCUUAUGACAUUGCUUUUACAGCUUUCCGAUUACACCAAAGUAAUUUGGAAGAAAGUGAAGUGGAGCAUCGUCGGUACAAAGAUGAACUGAAGAAUCUUAUUCUGAAUCUAAAUGCGGAAACUGACAUAACUGAAGAUAGUGAUAUAAUUGCAGGAUCUCAUUCUGAAUCUAAUGCAGAGACUGACAUAACUGAAGAUAGUGAUAUAAUCGCAAGAUCUCAUUCUGAAUCUAAUGAAGAGACCGAUACAGAAGUGAUUAACAUAACUGAAGAUAAUGUAGAAAUCGAGAAAACACGCAGAAAAAUUGAAAAUUCUUUAAAUGAAGAUCAACAUGCAUGGCUUAAUACGAUUCUUAAAAAACAAAUUUCAGAUCAAACUGAAGAAUUUAAACAAUAUGUUGAACAGUUUAAUGAACGUGUAUGUAAUAGGAAACAAAUCCCAACUUUGGUUCGUAAAUCUUUUAUUUUAGGCAGAUUCGAUUCCUAUUAUUAUGAGGACUACGAUAUUGCUCACCAAAUACUCGAACACUGUGCCACACGAUUAGAAGCUCAUAUUAGCUAUGAAUCAAAAAGUUUUAAUUUAGAACGAACAUUCGCGAUAGACACUGUAAUCUAUAUCUUAAAUCGUUUAUUCAAAUUUCAUCAAGAUGUUUUAGACAGUGGGUGGAUUGAAUUGACUACUCCCCACACAAAAAUACAUAAAUUUGAUGGAUUAUUUAAAGUAAUAAGAACAAAACCGAAGAAUCAAGUCAUAAUUGUCGUUGAAUUUUCAAGUGGCAGAAAAGCGUCAUUAACUAAAGAACAUAAUGACCAUGUUAAAUUAUGCCGAAAUGCGAUGAGGAUUUUAAAUGCCGUAUUACAAACCAUACCUAGGAGGAAGGCGCGAAUUUACUUGGUACAAUUUGUUAUAAACAGCUAUCUCAAAAUUGAAUAUAUGAUCCGUCCCUUACCGUCAGUCUAUCUUCUUAACUGUUUUAUGUGCACCAAAGUGCCUGAGACCUUUGAUGAUUUCGAAAAAUUCUCUAAAGAUAUGGCUGAACUAAAUAAUUGGCAA